GCGAAAAACUCACCUGCGAUUGGGCACUAACUUUUAACGCACGGUAAAAAUCAAUCCAUUUCUAGGGCUUGCUCUCUCCGUACAAUGUCCGCUCCAUACGCCUUGCUAGACAAGUCCCAGACGAGAUCGCUCAACUUGAACCAAAUCGAAGUCAAGGGUGGAGAUAGCUAUUCACAGGAAUUCUUCCAAACCACCUUCCAGCCGUUGUUGCACACCAAAGAUGUGACCUUUCAGCGCCUUGUCUCAUCCAUUGACGAGUGUACGGCAAACUUAGAAAGAUCUGGGCUGUUUUCUAACAUCAACGUCACGAUUGACACCGAUGUCAGCGUCAUUUCCGCAGCCAAGGCGGCCAAGCCGUUUGAGGAGCCGAUUCCCGUCAAGGCAGUGUUCCACGUGGACGAAGUGUCCAUUAAGGCGAUUUCACCAAACAUGACUGUCACGAACGACAACCUCAGAUUGGGCUUGUGGUACAUGAACAACAACAUCAACGGAAACGGGGAACAGCUCUCGGCUGCCGGGUUCGCCAGUGCGUACACCGACUCCAAAUUUGCCAACCUUAUGUUGACCACGCCGUUGCAGAAGAGACCGGAGACCUCAUCGCUUUUCAUGGUCAACGCCCUGUCUGAGGCCUCUACCAGUGUCCAGAGCACGCAGCAGAGUGGAUUGAUGGGCUUCAAGAGCAAACACUCGGACUACUUCUCGUCCUUCUUUGGUCUUUCCCUCUCUGCCCGCUCGUUUGUCAACACCACCGAGGAGAUCCCAGAUGCGAUCAGAAAGGACAUGGGAACCUCUUCCAAGACAUCCAUGUUCUUAAACGGUGAAUACAACUCCGUCGCCUACGAUGCGACGUUCCCAGCUACAGGCUUGUCGGUCUCCAUGCACAACUGCAUUGACAACUGCAUCGACAGCGCCGCGCAGCUCAACUACAAGACGUUAAAGACCGAGCUCGGCUUGAACUACUACAAGUCAUUUCCGUGCCACAACUUCGCAACCUUCCAGCUCCACGGCAACGUUGGAAACUUGACCACCAUGAACCAAGCGAACCAGAGCUUGGUCCACUUCCACGACAAGUUUGCCGCCUCCGACUUGCACGGCUUAGGCAGUGACUUAGUGUCAGAGAGAAAAGAUACCGUCUAUGGCAGCUCCAUCGCCACCGUGGGCUCCUCGUUGUCGUGUAAGUUGCCGUAUCUCUUCAAACUCGACACCCCCGUGAGAUUCUCCGUUUUCGGUAAUGUGAACAAGUUGGGUGAUGCCUUGUCGCACACAUCAGUCUCUGCGGAGUCUCUCAAAUCUGUCGCCAGUCUUCAGGCCUUGAACGAAAACUUCUUGGUCAACUACGGCCUCGGCCUCAAGUACCAGAACGGUGCCGCCAACUUUGACAUCUCUUAUGUCAUGUCGAACCAGAAGUACGCGUCUACCUUCAGACCGGGCCUCCAGUUCAACUUCUCGCUCGUAGGUGUCUACUAAAAUAUGUACUUGUGAAGGGUGUACUUGCAAGAAUGUAGGAAAGAUCCCAGAGGGACUAUGACGAAAGGUGAAUGCGUUAGGCGUAUAGAGAAAAGCGCAUAAAUAGUGAAAUGAAG